AUGCACCUCCCCAACGUUGGAGACGGCCAAUUUGCUGCCAAGUUGCUCCUGUCCGGAGCCAUCUUGAGCUACUUCGCCCCCGGGCUUGCCAUCCCCGUCCAAGACAGCCCCCGCCAGCGUCUCCUCGAUGGAAAAGGUCUUCCCACAAAGUACCGCCCUGCAUCCUCGCCUUACACACCCGGUCACAAGGACAAGUACGACGGUCCUGUUGACUCCGUUGGAGACAAGCUUGACCCUCUGCCGUGGCGUAACGGCCUGGGCGCGUCUGUCCUCGGGCCAUGGAACGAAGCCCGCUCCAGGCAGAACCCGGAUCUCGUGCGGCCCCCGGGUACCGACCACGGGAAUCUCGCCAACAUGCGAUGGAGCUUCGCGGACUCUCACAUUCGUAUCGAGGAGGGCGGAUGGACCCGACAGACCACGAUCCGCGAGCUGCCCACCAGUAUCGAGCUUGCCGGAGUCAACAUGCGCCUGGACGAGGGUGUGAUCCGCGAACUCCAUUGGCACAAGGAAGCCGAGUGGGCCUACGUUUUGGAUGGAAGCGUGCGUGUCACGGCCAUCGACUACGAGGGGGGCAACUUCUUUGACGAUCUGAACAAGGGAGAUCUAUGGUACUUCCCGUCCGGCGUGCCUCACUCGCUGCAAGGUCUGGGCGAGAACGGAACCGAGUUCCUUUUGAUCUUCGACGAUGGACGCUUCUCUGAGGAAUCCACCUUCAUCCUCACGGACUGGCUUGGUAUGCUGCAGACCUCGCGCGAACGCCCAUCUCACACGCCAAAGUCGGUGAUUGCGAAGAACUUCAACCUGGCCCCCGAAGUGUUCGCCCACAUCCCCGACGGAGAAAAGUACAUCUUCCAGGGGACCACGCCGGGUUCCAUUAACCACGAGGCGCCCACCGGGAAGGGGGUCAAGAAGUCCAAGCACCAGUUCACGCACAAGAUGCUGGAUCAGGAACCGAAGAAGACAUCGGGUGGCGAAGUCAGGAUCACGGACUCGAAGAACUUCCCGAUUUCGAAAACCAUCGCCGCGGCCCAUGCCAUUAUAGAGCCGGGGGCCCUUCGGGAGAUGCACUGGCACCCCAACGCUGAUGAAUGGUCCUUUUUUAUUAAGGGACGUGCUAGAGUGACGAUUUUCGCCUCGGAAGGCAAUGCCCGGACGUUCGACUACGUCCCCGGAGACGUUGGCAUCGUCCCGAAGAACAUGGGUCACUUUGUGGAAAACAUCGGUGACGAGCCCGUCGAGAUGCUUGAGAUCUUCCGCGCCGACGAGUUUAGGGAUUUUUCGCUCUUCCAGUGGAUGGGCGAGACGCCCAAGAAGCUGGUCGUCGACCACCUCUUCGCCGACGACCCCGAGGCUGGGGAGAAAUUCUGGGACAAGGUUCGCAGCGCCGAGAAGGACGAGGUCACCAAGCCGGAUGCCGUUGGAGAUGCCCAGGCCAGGACUCAAGAGCUCUGA